AUGCCUAAAACACAAUCACCAGUUACUAAAAAACCCAACACUGAUCCUUAUAAUAAAAAAGCAAAGAGGGAAAUAUUUACUAAUAAAAAAAUUGAAUCAUAUAUUACCAAAAAAGGGUACCAAUUGAAUCAAGAAUUACUUGAAUUCGCUCUAUUAAAUUGUUUUCCAAAUGUAGAAGAACGUUUAAAAAUUGUGGAUAUAUUGAAAAAGAUUCAAUAUGACCAAUUAACUCAAAUUACUCUAAUUAAAGAAAAAAUGCCUAAAAGUAGACAACAUGUGAAAUUUGAAGAAGUUAAUAAUUGGUUAGAUAAAGUGUAUAAAGGAGUAAAUACAGGUGUUACUAUGUCAUUAAAGUAUUUAAAUGAAUUAGAAGAUAAAAUCAAUGAGGAGGAGGAAGCUUUAGAAGAAGUUGAGGAGGUAGAGGAAUAA